AUUCUAGUGUCAAUCUCAUCCUUCAGUGCCCAGCGGUGCUCCGAACUUGACAUUUCGGCUAACAUGAAACCCUGUCUCGUACUCACCCGAUUUCGGCUAGAUUUCCUCCUAUCCUGAUCCUAAAAUAAAUAAAAAAGAAAAGAUUGUGCCACUCUGAACCAAAGCCAACUACGGUAAUCCGUCCCACCCGAAAACCGCUGCUUCCAGCCCGCAGCUAUUCUUGGCCGGACUCGAGCUAAUGUCCUCUUCCGAGGGGGGCGACCACCGAGCUGCAGGCCAACGGCUCAUUUUGGCUACUUGGCUCUUUCCCUCGCAACCAAAUGGACGGGACGGAUCCUGCAACCAGAACAACACGAAAUUAAGGGGUGGAUCACAAAGGGAGGGGAUGCGUGGAGAAAUGUGCCAGUUACCCUUGUAUAAGGGCAUCUCAUUCAUCCACCUGUUUGUGCUACACCAAUAGCUAAUAUUGUCAUUUCACUUCUAUGGUUGAUCCUUGCUCCUCCUCCCUUUCCACCAACAAAAAGAAGAAGAAGGAAGAAAGAAAUCUAUGAAUUGAAACUUCCUUAAUUUCCCCAACAGGAUCACUUCUUAGGGAAUCCAAGAAGGAGAAGCUGCUGCCCUCCUCCCCUCUACCUGUUAUAUAUAUCACAACCCCUGCAACUCUCUCUUCCCCCACACAUCUUGACAACCAUGGCCAAACUCACCCCUCCCCUCAUCCUAACACUCACUCUUCUCUUCACUACCCCACUCCCCACCAAAGGAGCCUUUGCUGUCGAGUACCGCCCCAUCGACAGAGCCGUCGCCAUGGAUGGAGAUGCCAACCGCCGCGAGUUGGCUCCCUUCCAACUCUGCCAGGAGUGCCGCUGCUGCGCCACCAACGAUCCGAACAACUGCUCGUCGAUGCCGUGCUGCUUCAGCAUCGACUGCAACCUCCCCGACAAGCCCUUCGGCGUCUGCGCCUUCGUCCCAAAGACCUGCAACUGCACCUCAUGCAGUUGAUUCUUCUUAAUGAUUUAAGGUAUACAAAAGAUUCAUGUUAGGACUUCCUCAGAUGGUGUCUCGCAAGACCCAUAUGGGCGGACGGAUACAUAGUUAUGUGAUAGAAAAAAGACAUGAUUUUGGAUGAUGAUGGCGUAGAAUAAAACUGGUCGCCGGGAUGGGGGUGAAUAAAAGUUUGGUGGGUUUGCGCUGGAUUCUUUGUCAUGCAUGCGUUGGAACUGGAAUGUCUUAUGCGCAGUUACUUAAGAGUUUUUGUUCUUCUUCUUC